AAUCAGUGCUCUACCUUUGCCGGCCAUUAGUCGUUUGGGAUUACGAUGGACUAUCCACGGCGUUGCGCUCAUUGUCUCACAACUUAAUGGUUCGUGACCAUUACUGGUGCGCUUCCCUGGCGCUCAAUGAGCUUUUUAUUAGCUCUACUGCGCUCUGAAAGUCAUCUGAAUUGACCAAUGUCCCAAGUUAACAGCGCUAGCGCCACUGUCAAUAGCAUCGCCACGCCGUGGAACAGAACGCCAGGCAAACCUGGUGUUGGCUCUGGUACUUCAAACGCCCUGUCAUCCCUAUCCUCAAGCCGCUGGUCUGGCAACAAGGCGUCAACUAUUAAACGAGACCAACCUGCAGAAGAUCGAACUGAUCGAGUGACAAGCGGCAAUCCAGAUAGCAACACACAAAUGUGGCCCUCUCUUUUCGAGUCCACACGAAUAUCCGACUCCGCAGCCAACGCGUUCUCCGCCAAUUCGGAUCCAACUGUCGGCACCAACCAGUGGUCGCUUCCUGCAUUGACUGGUACGGUCGGAUCGAACUCACUACUCGGGGCUCCUGGAAGUUCGACCCCCUGUUCCAACGCAUGGUCCAUCAAUGCUCCAGCGCCAAACUGCUCGGUUAUCCCUCGUGCGAUCACCGGACAUCAUUCCAUUCCAGCCUCAGACUCAGAUUCCACUCGUCGCUAUCUCACUGGUACCGGUGUUCCUGCCUGUGGCGGUAAUGGCGUUGGUUGGCCUCUGUGCUCAGCUGAGCCUUCUGAUUUGCUUAAUGAUGAUACAUCCCAUCUGUCUCUAACCCUCUCAAAAAUGAACAUAAAUAGUGCGCUUCCGCCGGCCUCCUGUUUUCAACCAUCACAAGAGUUCACCGAUGGUCAGCUGCUGUCCUCGAAUGCGAAGCAGCCUGAUACCUUACCAGAUACUACCUCUAGUCAGAAAUCAAGGAAUCGAUCCAGCACUGAUAAUACCGAAAUUGAAGCUUUGUUCUCCCUGGAUCCUGAAGAGACACUCCGAUCUAUGGUAAAUACAUCUCAACCAUGGGGUCUGGCUUUGGUAGAUCAGGGCACAACAUGGGACACAAUUGAAUUGGCCGGUGAUUCUGGCAAUACAGAAGCUUCACCUGUGAGCGACGCAACGAACACCAGUUCACGCGCCCCUGGUUCUCAUUCUGGCACUACCUUUGAUGGACCCGGUUCAGGUGGCUUGCAGCAAAGGCGAAUAGUACCACCGUUAACGGGUUCCACAAUAGGCAGAGACUUGGAGUCUAACAUUUGGCCAAGUGAACCACCCAAUGGCACGGGAAUUUGGGAGUCCCAUUACGAGAGCCUUGGUGAACGGACGGCACGUUGGCAGCAAAACAUCGCUACCAGCUUGGCACAGCCCGGAUUUUCCAUUCACUCGGCCAAUGGCCAUCAGGGUCUCAUUACUUGCCAAAAUCCACCCUGUACUCGACCUCAGCUGUCCUCCGGUUCAGACAAUGGUGCUUUGUUUCGUGGGUUCACCCGCUCCACUGCUGGUCUUUUUCCUAAUAACCUAUCCACUGCGACAGGUUGCGCCGCUGGACUCGGUCCUCGACCGGUGCUCGGUGCGCCUCAUCAGGUUGGAGCUUCCCUUCAUAACACACCCGGUGCAGUCGGAUCGUCUCGCGGUUUCCCCCUAACCAGUGCUCCUAGUUUGGUUGGUCCUGGUGGCGCUUGGCCAUUUCCGACGCCUGUGACUCCAACCGACAAUUCGCUGCUCAACAAGGGUCGCUGGCCGAACUCCAGUUUCGCUCGUGCUACACAAAAGCAGCAGCAACUACCCCAAUCUGGGCCCGCCAUCCCCCACCUGCUGUCUGGCCAAAGUGGAAAUGGACUCCGUUGGCCCCAGAUUAAUAAUCUCGCUCAUAUCCCAAGCGGUUGGCCCCUGAGCGAUCCCAGACGGCCAAACCUGGUUUCUGGUACUUGGGCCGGUUCUCCAUCCGGGGACGGUCCUAACUACUAUGGUCAGCCACAACAGCCAAUGAUCCCAUCCUCCCGUAUGUGCCAACCAGGCUCUGUGGUCACAGACUUCCCUCCGCCCAUGAGUCUUCACUCUCGCGGCGCUGGUGCUGGUGCUAUCACCAGUCAGACUUUCAGACCCCCCCACAGUGCCUUCUAUCCAACAAUGAAUUCCGCAUUUCCACCAUCAUCGUCCUCAGCUGCACAUCGCAUGUUUCUCAGUCCGCAGCAGUAUUCACAACAGCUGCAACAGCAAAGCGUGCUUCGUGCUAAUGCAAUGCGCCAUUUGGUGAACUUGGGUUUUCCGGACGAUGAAAUUCAGGCAAUUUUCUCCGAUAUUAACACGAACGUCGAACGGGCGCUAAUGGACCUUCGUGAUCGCACAUGCCAUCCGGGCUUGGAUGAUCUCAUCAAGUCUUUCACCACAGGCGGUCUGAUGCAAAUGAAUCACCUCAAUGACGAAGCUUUAUGUAGUGACUUUAAUCGGCCCGAAUCUCUUUCAGGCGGUGGACGCCCUUUAGCCAUGAGAGGUCUUCAGAACGUGCAUAAAAACGCCGGUGUGGCCGGUGGAUCAAUUCCCACGGAAAACCUGGAGUUUUCAUUGCACCUAUUACAGCAACGUGAAACCCAGAUACUGCAAGCGAUCAUGCAAUUGCAGUCCAAGCAUCAAGAGCUGAAUCAGAAACUGAACCAAAUUCGUUCAGCUAAUCUCCCUUUCUCCACUAAUCCGGUAAUGCAAGAAUUGCAACUGCAAGCAAUCCAAGUAGCUUCCCAGAUCGACGCUCAGCACACCCAGUUGAAACAGGUGCGAAGCCAAGCUGGUUUACUUAAACAAAUUACUAUGCCCAGUACCAAUUUCGCACAGUCCCACAACCCUCCGGCGACAGCUACUGCUACGACAUUCAAUCCUAUCUCGAGCAACAGCAACAGCGCUUUCACUUUGCUGACCACAACCUCCUGGCCUUCAGGAACUUCCAACACUGGCACCCAACAGCAGAUAACGGACGGUAUUGGAGGUGGUGAUCACACCGUAGAUUCCGCUGCCACUACAGACCAGAGCUUAAAAAUGGGGUCGGGCGCUUUCUUGUGGGAGUCCAACCCUUGGUCUGGACCGACACAUAGAGGAUCGGCUGAUCCGUGCUCAUCAAAUAUUGAUCGGCGUUGGUCAUCUGCUGGUUUUCCUAACCGGCCACCUUAUGGUGCAUUGGGCGAUCCCCGCUGGGCCGAUCUCGGUGUUGACAGCGGUGGAAAUUUGCUCGCUUGUACACCACAACGUCCCAGCAGCGAUAUUGACCUUACAUCCAUGGCGGGAGCAAAUGGAAACCAGCGCUUUGGAGUCUCAAGGUCGUGGUUGCUAGCUCACAACAUUCCACCCCAUGUAACUGUCGGUGUUCUAAAAUUGGCUGUGUCCACUGCACUGAUGAAGCAUGCUAAGUUAGGCGACACGCAACCUGACUUCGAACUUCACCCGAAUAUGUCAUCUCGAUGGGUUCUCAUUGGCCUGUCGAGCCCUUCGGAAGCCGCAGUGGUUCAGGAAUGUUUAGAAGAUCCUGGUGGCAAUUCUGUCAGUGAUCAAGGUGGAGCGCAUUAUGGUGCAAUCAAAGCCAUUUCUCCCGCGGAUGCUCUGAUGCAUUUGCAGGAAAUACAAUCAUUGGCAUCACGUUUCAAUAAACCAUUCGGCAAUUCGGAUACUUCUACCGGCCGAUCCACGGCCCAAUCCACUAACCAUUUGUUAAAUUACGCCGGCAGCACUGAUCUCGGUUCCGGAAACGUGGAGUCCACCAAUGCUAUGCUCAACGUGGCUGAUGUCCAUUGAGUACAAUCGCUUUGGCUGUUUCCUUCGAUUAGCGGAUCCUUGAGUUUAGUUGAAUUCUUUCAGUUGGGCCUCUUCCCAAUCCUCCCAUAUACAGAGGACUUAUAAGAACAUGAUAGUUCGCAAACCCCUAUCGGAUCGUUACCGGCGCCGGAUCCGCUCAUUGUUUUCCGUCUCAUUCCUGCGCUCCUCACUCGCAUCCCGUCCAUGAGCUCAAACCGAUUGCUUUCGUCCAAGGUAGACGGAACGUGUGUGUGUGUGCGGAAUUCACAUCACACUACCAUCUUCCACUCUUUUUGUAGUCUAUUGGUUCCGUGUGUGCGCCCUUGCAGCCAAAUUGUUCUCCUCAUUACCAUAUCGAUCAUCACCCUCUCUCUCGAGAUACAUGCGUUUUUUUGUAACCCUUUAUCAGUCAUUGUGCUCUGUCCAACAUCCCCAGCAGCAUCCACUCCUACAUUUUCUUUCACUCGUCACAAAUUUGGCCCAUGAACCGACUCCUUCCAUGCAUGGCACGUGUUACUCGCCUUUCUUGUGCAUGUGUAGUGUUUCACACAAACACGCGUCUCCCUACUUUUCGGGAUACGAUUAUUUUUCUAUGUGAUUGAUCAUCAUCAACUCUCUAUCUCUCUCUCCCUCUCCUUUUGAUACUUAUUUACGUUAUUUGUCUACGCUUGAACGAGUAUCUUGUUUUAUUCUCUUACUCUAUAGCCCUUUGGACGCGUUAGUUUGUUUGCUACAUUGCUGUGUUCGCGUCCUACUUUCCUUUGACCACGUGCCAGAAAUGUCUGUAUGCGCGUGUAAGUUUAUGUGUUUCCGAUCACGUGUCCGCUCCCAUCGAUUUGUAUUCACAACCAUGUGCGCGCCUUUGUGUCUUCUAUCUCUUAUCUCCCUGUGUGUGUAACUUGCUACCCCGUAUCCCCAGGUGAGGAUGGAUGAAGGAGAGGAGAGAUGUGUUGUCCACGGAGGCUACGUCGCUGCUCCUUCUCGUUUACAUUUGUGCCUUGUGAAUUGACUCACCUGGAUAUCUUCAUCUUGCCCACACCGGCUUACCUCAGUCGGCAACUUACCUCUGCCUUUAUCAUGCGUUACCGUGACUACGUCUGACUUGAUCACCACUUCGCUUAUGGUUGCCUGCUCUGCUCAUUGCACCGGUUGGAUGUUAUCGCAUAUGAGCUAUUGAUCAUUCGUAAUCAUAUAUGCAUUUUUCGUUGUUGCCACUACAGCAUUUUGUCAUGCUAAUGUCAGUGCUACCAAUGCUCCCGCACUUAUUCUGUGGUGGUGUCCAAUACCAGGUGUCCCCCAAUCCACAUUCACCCUUUAUUGUGUUUGCCCUGCUCGCACGAUUAGUUUGCCACAUGCGUUACACUUUAUUCACAUCUCUCCCCCUUUUUCUCACAACACUAUCUAAGAGCCCGAUAAAUCGCUUUUAGAAUGUGACUCAUAUCUUCCUCGAGUUUGUUUUCCCUUCCGCAAUAGCCGUGGCUCUUGGUGUUGAAGCAUGCUGGCUCGCUAAUAUUUGUUCACCAUUAGCUGAAUAGGAAACGACCUCACAUCUGGUAGGAUGCUCUUUCGAAGGAGUAUUCCAACGUGGGGAAACUGGAUAGAUCACAUAGCUUGCAUUUUUUGAUCUGUGAGUGAGUGAGUCGAACCACUCCACGCAGUUACGGAUGAUAGUUGGGUUUGCUCAAAUGCAAAUCAUCUUUCAUCUCCUCCGCCCGUUCAUCGAGUGGGAAAAGCAAGAACCACUUGGUUUCACUAACAGCGCUAUCGUAACGCAUAACCGAGUACACGCGUCACAUGCAUCACUUUUGCAUACAAUGGAAAUGCUGCAUAUCACGGCGUUCGAGCAUAAUGGCCACUUGAGUGUUGUCCAUAAACUACAGCACGAUAUUUGAUCUCCGUGGUGUCUUGCACUACAAUUCACUCAGAAACACCUAUUGUGUGCCCCGCUUGUUCUUUUAAGAUCCGCUAUACAUGUGUAUCC